AUGGUAGAGAUUGAAUAUCAUAUGAAUGUUCUGACUGCAGUUUAUGAAGCAGUAAGAACCAGUAUCCUUUCUAGGAGGUGGAGAUCAUUGUGGAGAGGCAGGAGAGCUAUCUCUGGUAGUAUUCACUUGGAUUUUGACUUCAUUUCCAAAGCUUUGAAACCUAAAUCCAAGAAGAACACCAAUUCUACUCGCGAGUUUGAGGCAGUGGUGAAUCAGAUCCUCAAACAAAACCAAGCAUCAUCUGUUGAGAAAUUCAUUGUUCGUUGCAUUGAAUUCCCAUGGAAUUCUUCUUCUUCUUCUUCGACUUGCAUUGUUGAUUGGGUUCAAUUCGCAAUCCAAAAGGAUGUGAAGGUUCUUGAAUGGUACUUGAACUGUGAACCUCCCAUUGAGUUCCCUGGCUUGGAAAAGUUUUUGUCAUUUUCAAGGAGAUGGAACCCUAAAUGUACUAAUGGACUAUCCUCAUUGACAUCCCUAAAGUUGUGCUGCAUUCGGAUCCAGGAAGACAUGAUGAAAUUCCUCCUAUCCAACUGUUCGCUUCUCCAACGCCUCGAUCUUACAAACAUCCGAGGUCCAACAUCUCUAAAUAUUGAUGCUUCUCCAGCCCUAAAGUCUCUAACUGUGUGCCAUUGUUAUUGGUUUCGCAAGAUAACGAUUUCAGCUCCAAAUCUUUACUCCUUUGAAUACAAAGGUGAAUUAUACCUUCCCACCGAAUUGGAGGAUGGAACAAAGAUUGUAUUCAAGGAUGUACCUCUUCUGUCUGAGGUCAGUUACAGUUCAAGAGGUUAUGAGUUUUAUGUUCCUGUUAACUGGCAUUUCAAAGGUUGCGAUCAAUGGAAGAAGCUUGUCCUGGGUCUUCAUUCUGGGGAUAUUCCUUUCAUGUUUGGAAAUAGCUCUCACAGAUUCCAAUGCCUCAAACAUCUGGAACUGGUGUUCACCUCGGAUGAUUCUCCACACCUUCUCGACUUUGUAUGGUUGAUCAACAAAGCACCUUUCUUGAACACAUUUGUAAUUCAGUUCAUUUACGCGAUGCGCUCACGCCUUUCCCCGAAAAGCUUAGAGAGGGAGCUUGACGAUCUACGCAAAGAUGCACAGGAGCUUGGGAAGAAUCACCGACAUGGACAUCUUAAAGUGUCGGUGGAGAAGAUGGUUGUGAAGCCGGGUCGUGGGCUUAAACGCCGGAAACGAUUUGCUACAGCUGGGGAACGGGUGCCUAAGCCUAGUAAAUCAAAUUAUGACUUUUCGUGGGUGAGCCCCAUAUGGAUGAAAAUACCACUGUUUGAAUGA